AUGAAGCGCAUCCUCAUCCUGGACGGCGGCCUCGGCACAUGCCUCGAGCAAAAAUACAACAUCAGGUUCGACUCUUCCACGCCGCUCUGGUCAUCCGACCUUCUGGUCUCCAACCCCAGCACGCUCCUUGAAUGCCAGAGAGACUUUGCCGCUGUUCCCGUCGACGUCCUCCUCACGGCAACUUACCAGGUCUCCGUCCAGGGAUUUGCGGGUACUCGAACAUGCGAAUUCCCCAACGGGAUUCCGUCAUUGGAUAUUCCAAAGUUCUUGGAGACCGCCGUCCAAGUCGCGGAGGAUGCCACGCGGGAGCACAACGGCGCCGUGGCCCUAAGUUUUGGUCCCUACGGAGCAUGUAUGACCCCGAGCCAAGAGUACGGUGGGAGGUAUGACGAGGCGCACGAUUCACAAGAGGCGCUGUGCGACUGGCACCGAGAGAGACUCGGACUGUUCAGCAGAGUGCAACGCUUGGCCUCCCGGGUCGGCUACAUCGCCAUGGAGACGAUCCCUCGAGCGGAUGAGAUAGCUUCGAUGCGCAAGGCGCUGGACGGAGUGCCGGAACUGGCGAGUGUCCCAUUCUGGAUGUGUUGCUUGUACCCCGGGGACAAUGAAUGUCUGCCUAGCGGCGAGUCUCCAGAAACCGCUCUCCGGACAAUGCUCGACCCUCGGCUGGCAAAGUCGACUCCGUGGGGCGUGGGCAUCAACUGCACCAAGGUGUGGAAGCUGACCUCUCUGUUGAAACGGUACGAAUCGGCACUCGAGAUGCUGGUGCGUGAGGGUACGCUGCGUGAAUGGCCGGCGCUGGUGCUGUAUCCCGACGGGACCAACGGGGAGGUGUACAACACCGUCACGCAAGCGUGGGAGGUUCCCGACGAUGCGGCGCGUGUGACCAGGGUGCCGUGGGAGGAACAGCUGGCCGAGGCCGUGAGGGGAACGGAAACCAGAGGGAAAUGGAAGCAGAUCGUGGUUGGCGGAUGCUGCAUGACCAGUUCGGAGGAUAUAUCACGGCUACGGCGGACUCUCCUGACGGCCUGA